GCCCCCAGUUGGAUGAAGCAGCUGAUCGACGGCAUUAGAACCUCGAACUACCGCAUCGAGGUGAUGGAGCAGAACUUCGCGCAGGAGGUGCAGGUGCUGCAGAGCUCCAUCUCGAACACGGAUAAGAAUGUCCAAAUGCUCAAUUUGAAGCUUCAGACCCUUGAGGCGUCCACGUCGGCCACCAUCCAGGAGGCGGUUGCUGCAGCGGUUGACACCAAGUUGAAGCGCAUCGACGAAACUCUGUGUGAGCUCCAGAGUUCGCCUACGCCACGGUCUGAGCCCUCGGCUCGCCGAGCUCUUGCUGCUGGUCCACGCCCCGACGGUAAGCAUGCAGCCAUGGAGCGUGCCCACCGUGUGAUAGUGGUCGGCUUCCCUCGGAAGAUGAUGCAGGCCUCGCUGAGGCGUGCCGCUGAUCUGAUCCUGGCCUCUGGCGUCCCUCAGUCCAGCCCACGCCCGACGGUACGCACAUACGACAUGACCAAGAAGAUCACCUUGGACUUCACGGACUCGACCAAGGCUACCGACUUCCUGAACAUGCUCCAGGCUGGUGCGCCAGUCCAAUUCCCCGACCCGAUCUACCCCCAGCAGAUGAUCACCCUCCGCGCCAAGAGGGACAUGGCACCAGGCACGCGGCUUCUCUUCCUUGCCAUGGGUAAGGCGCGGGGGGCCCUGAAGGUGGAUAUGGUCUCGGACCACAUCCCGAUAGUCGUCACGAUCAGCACCUUCAGACCUCAGGACGACGAGUCCCUCUGGCCCGAGCUGCUUAGCUUUGUGCCGAAGUUGCCAGAG